CUGCAUUAUCCAUCUCGCCACAAUGACCUCCAUGGCAGCAGAGUCUGUGGCCACCAUCCUCUGCACGGCCAAGCAGACUCGCUUCAACAUUGACAGCACAAACUACCGCGAACUCGACAUUGACGGCCUCAACAUUAUCGUCACUUCUGCUGAAAAGGUAGACAAGCCUGAAAAGGCAGCUGGCAAGUCUAAAGGCAAAUCAAAAUCCGAUGGCCUUGAGAUCUUGUCCAACGCCAAGCUGCGAUUGAAAGAGGGCCAGCGCUAUGCCUUGGUUGGCCGCAAUGGAACCGGGAAAUCGACACUGCUCAAAGCUAUUGCUCAGAAGCUCAUCCCAGGAAUUCCAGAGGGUUCCAGGAUCGCAAUUCUGCAGCAGACAAAGCUUACGGAAUCUGAUGAAGAUGACAAGACGACAAAGGAUAAAAAGGGCGAGGGAUCUGUCUUGAAAGAGGUUAUUGAGCGUGCCACGGCACGUAGCAUCAUCGAACAGGAGAUUCAAGUUCUCGCGGACGGUGUCGAUGCUUCGGAUCCAUAUGCCCCGAUUCGGGCCUUGAGAGGGUUGAAACACGAGAAGCUUCAGAAACGUCUCUUUCUCGUUGACAAGGAGGCUAGAAUGCGAAGCGGUGCUCGAGGACUGCAAGCGAGGAAAGCUCUUGUUGCUUUUGAGAAGGUGGUUGCCGAUUCACAAGCACUACUAGACCAGCCAGAGGACGAAAUCUCGGCCGACGCUCUUCAAGCGGAAACUCAAGAGGCAGCUGAUAUGCUGGCAGACCUGCAAAUCCAAAUCGAGCCUUCAAGGCUGGCCCAAAUCGAAGUCGAAGCUCGGAAAAUCCUGACUGGUCUCGGAUUCACCGAGGCAUACUUGGAAAAGCCUCUGUCCAGCCUUUCUGGAGGCUGGCAUAUGCGAACAGCCUUGGCCUCGGCGCUGCUACAAGAGGCCGAUAUCCUGAUUCUUGACGAGCCGACCAACUUUUUGGACCUGCUUGGAAUCGUCUGGUUGCAGCGCUACUUGCAAUCACUGGCGGAUAAAGACAAGCCUCCUACGCUGAUCCUCGUUUCUCACGAUCGAGACUUCAUAUCUCUCUGUACUGAUCUUCUCAUCUUAAAGGACAAGCAGCUCACCUACUUCCACGGCGACAUUCAGACGUACGAACGAUCGCAAUCCGAGCGCAGGCAGUGGCUCAUCAAGAUGAAGGAAGCCCAAGACAAGCAGAAAGCCCACAUCGAGAAGACCAUUGCCCAGAAUCUCAAGGCGGGCAAGGCAAACGACGACCAGAACAAGAUUCGCCAGGCAAAGUCUCGGCAGAAGAAGCUGGAUGACCGCUGGGGCAUGCAAGUCAGUGCAAAGGGAACAAGAUUUAAGCUGAACAGAGACCUCGUCGGCUUCUUCUUAACUAGCCGAGAGGGGAUUGAUAUCCCACCGGAGCAGCGGCCUGUCAUCAUCUCGCUGCCCGAGCCUCCGGAGCUGAGAUUUCCUGGAUCGCUUAUUUCGUUGGAGAAGGCAUCUUAUCGCUAUGCACCAAGGUUGCCAUUGAUUCUCCAAGAUGUUACUCUUACAGUCGGCAUGGGCGAUCGUAUUGGCAUUCUGGGGCUCAACGGAGCGGGUAAAUCCACUCUCAUCAAGCUCCUAGUUGAGGAAUCAGCACCGUCAUCGGGAACCGUCACUGCGCAUCCUCGUCUGAGACUGGGGUAUUAUUCUCAACACGCCGUUGAGGAAUUAAAGAAGAUUGGCCGUGCCGAGCAGGGCUUAACUUCCCUUGCUCUUCUGACCAAAGAAGUUGAUGGUGCGCUAAACGAAGGAGAGAUCCGUGGCUUACUGGGCACGCUUGGCCUCCCCGGCCGUUUGGCAUCAGACGUUCCCAUUUCCAAGCUAUCUGGAGGCCAACUGGUGCGAUGUCAGUUGGCGAGAUUAUUCUGGAAGCACCCGCAGUGCCUCAUCCUUGAUGAAGUCACCACGCAUCUCGACUACGAGACUGUGACGGCGCUGCGAGAAGCGCUGAAUGAAUGGGAGGGCGCUGUUGUGCUGGUGAGCCACGACAGAUGGUUCAUGCGCGGAGCUAUAGAGGGUCAGAUUGAAGACCAAGGCGAUGAUGAAGAUGAGGAUGACGACGAGGGAGAGGAAGAGACUAUGCGAAGGAGAAUCGUUUAUCGGAUUAAAGGAGGGGGAAUUACGGAGCUGAAGAAUGGCGUGGAGGAUUUUGAGCGGGUUAUGGAGAAGAGGGUGAAGAAACUACUUGAUGCUCCAUGAUGUAGACUCUUUCUGACUAUUAGCUAUCCUUGAACUAGAUUUUGAUGAAAUCAAAAUGAUGUAUUAGAAGACAGAUGUGGUGGUCAAGCUGAAACAGACCUGUUGUAGUAAUUAUGAAGAACUUGGUAAUACUCGCGAAUCGACCAAAAUCUGGAAACCGCUCUUGUCCUCCUUUCUCACAGACAACUGCCCCCCCUUUGGAAUGUCCACAAUCGUCCCAUCGAUACACACCUUGUGCCACCGCUCAUCCUCUUCCAGAAUCGUGACUCUCACCUCAUCUACCUCCUCAUACCGCACCUCGUGUCCAUCAUCCCACUUCAAGCCAACAUGUUUGCCCCCAUCAUACGCCUUCAUCAUGGCAUCCAUCGUCCGCUCACCGCCAAUGUUACCGAAAUGCACCAGGCGAAGUUUCCCGUCCAGGGGCUUACUUGCAGGCGAGAUUGUGAAUGUGCGCUCCAGAUUGGACAGCGGCGUGACGAGCACGUAGGUGUGCUCGUUUCUCGGAAUCGUCUCCCACUCUGACAAAGACGGGUGACGAACGUCCACCUGGGCGAUAUAAGGGUGAGAUUCACGGAGAAGUUGCUCUGCAACCAUGCCGA